AUGCCCUUGAUGCAAACAUGCCACCUACUUCAAGAUGAUGAGAACAUCCUGUCUGUUGCUCUGCAUGCUUCUUGGAGCAGAUACAGGCUUGCACGCUGUGCAGAAGAUGGAUUAUUUUGUACUCCUCCUGUGGACAUUACCUGUCACCAUCCUGAAAUGUACCUCUAUGCCUUUUUUGACAAUCCUGUGGAUUGGAAGCUUGGACAAGGCAGGUUCACUUAUUUUGAUGAACUAAAAUGUUUGAACAGGGCUCAAUCCUUCCAUGCACGUAUGUCACUUCUAUCAUCUGUUCUUGUUUUUCAGACACUUCAGCUCUACUGCCUAUGUGUAUCCUUUGCUGCCUCCUUAGCUACUGACAGUGGAUUUCCAGGAAUUAAUCACGAUUAUGUCUUCAUUACACCAGUGGAAGUGGACUCCAAUGGAGCCUACAUCUCACAUGAUAUCUUGCACAGUAGUAGGAAGAAGAGAUCUAUGCAAAGUUCAAAGACUUCCUUGCACUACAGAUUUUCAGCAUUUGGACAGGAACUACACUUGGAGCUCCAGCCCUCUCCGCUGCUGUCAAGUCAGUUCACUGUGAAUAUUUUAGGUCAAGAUGGAUCCUUAACAGAUGUGGAACAGACUGCGGAGCCAUGUUUCUAUCAGGGAUUUAUCAGGAACUAUGAGAACUCCUCAGUGGCCUUAUCUACAUGUGUGGGCAUGUCAGGUUUCUUAAGGACACGUUCAAGUGAGUAUUUUAUAUCACCGAUACCGAAGCAUCUUGCUGAAACGCACAACUUUACCUCUCCUGAAGGACACCACCCCCAUGUACUGUAUAAACGAUCAGCAGAAAGUAAAGUAAAACUACACUCAGGAAAACCAUACGACAGCUCUACCAACCAAUCACAUGGAAACGUGCAAAAGCAACAUUUCUGUGGAAGACGUAAAAAGUAUAUGAAUAGAAACAACACCAAAUUAAAGGCAGAUGAGUACGUCCAUCUGUCACGAUCUAAGCGCUCGGCAGCAAAAUCUCAGCACAGUGGGAGUUUGGUUGUUGAAACCCUUGUAGUUGCGGAUAAAAAAAUGGUGGAGAAGCAUGGCAAGGAAGGAGUGACCACCUACAUACUGACAGUGAUGAACAUGGUAUCUAGUCUAUUUAAGGAUGGGACCAUUGGAAGUGAUAUUAAUAUUGUUGUUGUGAGUCUUCUACUUUUGGAAGAGGAACCAGCUGGGCUUAAGAUCACUCACCACGCCGAUCAGACCUUAAAUAAUUUUUGUCAGUGGCAAUCUGCUCUUAUGGGAAAGAAUGGGAAAAGACAUGAUCACGCCAUUUUGUUGACAGGACUGGAUAUCUGUUCUUGGAAAAACGAACCUUGUGAUACUUUAGGUUUUGCACCGAUUAACGGCAUGUGCAGCAAAUAUCGCAGCUGUACCAUUAAUGAAGACACCGGUUUAGGUCUGGCAUUUACUAUUGCUCAUGAGUCUGGUCACAACUUUGGAAUGGUUCAUGAUGGAGAAGGGAACCCUUGCAGAAAGGCUGAGGGCAACAUCAUGUCCCCCACUUUAUCUGGAAACAAUGGUGUGUUUUCCUGGUCCGCCUGCAGUAGACAGUAUCUGAAGGAGUUCCUCAGCACAGCUCAAUCCUCCUGCCUCGUUGACGAGCCAAAGCAAUUAGGACAUUUCCAGUACCCUGAGAAGCUGCCCGGGCAGAUCUAUGAUGCUGACACUCAAUGUAAAUGGCAAUUUGGACCAAAAGCAAAGCAGUGUAGCCUGAGCUUUGUAAAGGAUAUAUGCAAGUCCCUGUGGUGCCACAAAUAUGGGCACAGGUGUGAGACGAAGUUCAUGCCAGCUGCAGAGGGAACAGUCUGUGGUCUAAAUAUGUGGUGCCGAAGAGGACAAUGUGUGAGAUUUGGAGACAAUGGGCCAAGACCAGUUAAUGGAGGAUGGUCAGACUGGUCGGAUUGGUCCCAGUGUUCCAGAGACUGUGGUGCCGGAGUGAAGUAUCAGGAGAGGUUCUGCAAUAACCCAGUACCUCAGCAUGGAGGGAAAUACUGCCAGGGCUCAAGCCGUAUUUAUCAGAUUUGUAACACCCAAGCUUGUCCUCCUAACACUCCUAACUUCCGAGCACAGCAGUGUGCUGAAUUCAACAGCAAGCCAUUCAGAGGGUGGUACUACAAAUGGAAGCCCUACACAAAGGUGGAAGAGGAGAAUAUCUGUAAGCUGUACUGUACUGCUGAAGAUUUUGACUUCUUCUUUGCCUUAUCCAACAAAGUAAGAGAUGGAACACCUUGCUCUUCCAAUGGACUCGACAUUUGUAUUGACGGCAGUUGCGAGCUUGUAGGGUGUGAUUAUGUCCUUGGAUCAAAAGCAAAUUUCGAUGCCUGCGGGGUCUGUAAAGGUGAUAAUUCAACAUGCAAGUUCUACAGAGGACAGUAUCUGAACCAUCACAAAACUAACGACUACUAUUCUGUAGUCACUGUUCCAGCGGGUGCUAGAAGCAUCCAUUUCCGAGAGCUCCAGUAUUCCACCAGUUACCUCGCUGUGAGAAACCUCAACAGAAAGUACUAUUUAACAGGAGACUGGACCAUUGACUGGCCUGGAAAGUUCUCAUUCGCUGGGACCACUUUUAAUUAUCAAAGAUCAGCACAGCAACCAGAAAGUCUUUAUGCAGCUGGACCAACCAACGAAACUCUGGUUUUAGAAGUUCUUUAUCAAGGAAAGAAUGGGGGAUUUGCUUGGGAGUAUACAUUACCCUUAUCUACAAAUGAUGAAAGACCGGUGAAGAAAACCAGUUUUGCAUGGGCCCCUAUGUAUACCGAAUGUUCUGUGUCAUGUGGUGGGGGUCAAAUGAAUGUGAAACUUGUGUGUUUGCAAGAUCUCCAAAUUCAAGUUAAUUCCAGCAUGUGUGGCUUGUUGAGCAAACCUCUCCUGGAACCAAGAUUGUGCAAUACCCAACCAUGUCCAGCCUAUUGGUCAACUGGCCAGUGGAGUCCAUGUAGUGCUUCUUGUGGUGGGGGCCAACAAACCAGGACUAUUAAGUGUCUCCAAAAAAAGAUGAUGCAGGGUGAGGAAUUGGUUGGACAUUCCAACUGCCCAGUGACUACUCCAAUCCAAGUCCAAAAGUGCAAUACCCAGGACUGUCCAGCAGAAUGGAGCACUGGACCCUGGUCUCAGUGCUCCCGAUCUUGUGGAAAGGGAAUUAAGAAACGAGAAGUUUAUUGCAGAAGUGUCAACUUGGAGAAAUAUAAAAUACUUCCAGAAAACCUGUGCAUAGCCAACUCAAAGCCGGAGUCCACUGAGAGCUGUAUGUCAGCACGCUGCCAGAAAAAUGACAAAUUGCAGUGGGUGAUAUCUGCAUGGACUGAGUGUUCAGCAACAUGUGGUCCUGGUGUAAAAAAGCGUGAACUGAAGUGUGGAGAGCAAGACAGUCAUGGUAAACUUGUGACUGUUCCUCAGAGAAGAUGCCGUAGUCUCAGAAAAGUGAAUAUACCCCUGGAGCAGUCGUGCAAUAGCAAACCAUGCCCUGUGGAGUCACCCUACUCUGCAUUUUAUGGAUGGCAUACAUCACCAUGGCAACCGUGUACAGUUACAUGUGGUGGAGGCGUGCAGAUGCGAAAUGUCCAGUGUCUUCAUCAAGGUAGACCUGUGGUAGGAUGUCUGCCUAAUCAGAAGCCAUCAACUUCCCAAGCGUGCAACAUGAACUUCUGUCCUUCUUCAGGAUCCAAAGAAGAUCCAUCGUGUGUGGACUACUUCAGCUGGUGCUCCCUUGUCCCUCAACAUGGAGUUUGCAACCACAAGUUUUAUGGGAAGCAAUGUUGUAAGUCUUGCACGAGAAAGAAACACUACAGUGACACUGGAUGACCUCCUGGUAUUGGCCAUGACUUGUCUUCACUGCAGAAAAUUUCCUCUGAAAUAGAAAUUCAUGCAACAAAAGUUAAUAAUCUCUGGAAUAUUGUUUGAUCUUAAGGCUGGAAAAUCACAGACAAAUUCCAGACAAUCAGAUUUUUCUCUGAUUAAAAGUUCCUAGGUGUAUUCAAGCUACAAGCAAAACACUGAAUUUGUACUGGAAGGAAACUAAAUCCUGAGGAACCAUGGCUGUGGGCUCCAGCAAAAGCACCACAAUGAAAUGUGUCCCUGAACUAGAUGCCAUGGCCUGCAGAAGAUACAAGAACUAAGUUCCACCGGAGGUCAGGCACAACUGGUAGAAGAGAAAGUCCAUGUUUGUAAACCAUGUGUGGCAGAUAUUCUGGUGGACUGUAUCUGAAUCUACAGAUUGUUUUCUUCAUGAGCCAAUAUGUAAAAAACGUUUGGACACAAAUCGACUCUUAUGAGAGGUCAUGUGGUGGUUGGACAUACAGUAUAUAAAACAUUUGGUAGAAAUGGAGAUCUGUAAUAAUGGACUUUGUAUUUCAAAUAUUUAUCGUACAUCUCAUCCUUUAACCUGAAUCUGGAGCCGUAAGAUGGUCCUGCUUUGGUGCUUGUAUGUAGGUGCUACUACUAUUUGGUCAGCGUUAGAGAUGGUGCUCUUUACCUUGCUGCUGGAAAAGCAGGGUGGUUAUCUUGUGAACUUAUGUUCUGAAUUUACAUUCAUAUCAAAUGUAAAAUCAGAUAAUGAAAGACAUAUGAACAUACCACAGAACACUUUGGAAUGAAUGCUUGCCCUCAACUCGGAGAAACGGAUGAGUUUUAGAACAUAUUGCCACAUGGCUACAUACACUACAUGAGUUGCAUUUCCUGACC